AUGCCAUCCUGUCUAUGGCUGAAGGGACCCUCAUUUUCAUGUUACCAGUAUUUUCAAGUGAAAGACUCUUUUCCUCUAAUAAGUCUUUUUCAUGUCAAAGUAUGUCCAUUGGCAUUUUUCAGUGUGGUCAAGGUAGAUUGUUUAAAUAUUAAUUGUAACCCUGUGAAGACUGUGAUUGAUGAUCUCAUCCAGAAGUUAUUUGAUACGCUUGUUCUUUCUUUGAAGAAGUCCAUCCAGGCUCACCUACAUGAAAUCGAUACGUUUGUUACUGAGGCUGUGGAAGUUUUAACAGUCAUGCCCCAGUGUGUGGAGGAGAUCGGCGAUGCAAAUUUACAGUAUAGUAAGCUACAGGAACGGAAACCAGAGAUUUUGCCCUUAUUCCAAGAAGCUGAAGAUAAAAACAGACUUUUACGAACUGUGGCAGGUGGAGGUUUGGAAACAAUUAGCAAUCUGAAAGCUAAGUGGGAUAAAUUUGAGUUGAUGAUGGAAAGUCACCAACUUAUGAUAAAAGAUCAGAUUGAAGUAAUGAAAGGAAAUGUGAAGUCACGUCUUCAGAUCUACUAUCAAGAAUUGGAAAAAUUUAAAGCUCGUUGGGACCAACUAAAGCCUGGUGAUGAUAUUAUUGAAACUGGCCAGCAAAAUGCUCUUGAUACAAGUGCCAAAUCAAUAAAAGAGAAAAAAAUUGAGUUUGAUGAUCUUGAAGUCGUAAGGAAAAAGCUGGUUGAUGAUUGCCAUCAUUUUGGACUAGAAGAGCCCAACUUGUCCUUGGCGUAUAGCAUCUCCAAGGACAUUGAGAGCUGUGCACAGAUUUGGGCGCUUUAUGAAGAGUUUCAGCGGGGGCUUCAGGAAAUGGCCAGCGAAGACUGGAUUACGUUUCGGACUAAGACGUAUCUGUUGGAGGAGUUCUUGAUGACUUGGCACGACAGGUUACGGAAAGUGGAAGAACAUUCGGCCAUGACCGUGAAGUUGCAGUCAGAAGUCGACAGAUACAAAACUGUGAUACCUGUUUUGAAAUAUGUGAGAGGAGAGCAUCUAUCUCCAGAUCACUGGCUUGACCUUUUUCGUCUACUUGGUCUUCCUCGGGGGACUUGCCUGGAGAAGUUACUGUUUGGUGAUCUCCUCAGAGUAGCUGAUACGAUUGUUGCCAAAGCUUCAGACCUUAAAGAUUUAAAUAGUCGGGCACAAGGUGAAGUUACAAUCAGAGAAGCUUUACGUGAACUUGAUCUUUGGGGAGUUGGAGCAGUAUUUACCUUGAUUGAUUACGAAGACAGCCAAAGUCGAACUAUCAAGCUAAUUAAAGACUGGAAAGACAUAGUGAAUCAAGUUGGAGAUAACAGGUGCCUUCUUCAGUCCUUAAAGGAUUCUCCUUAUUAUAAAGGAUUUGAAGAUAAAGUGUCAAUUUGGGAAAGAAAACUUGCAGAAUUAGAUGAAUACCUACAGAGUUUAAACCAUAUUCAGAGGAAGUGGGUAUAUCUGGAACCCAUUUUUGGCCGUGGAGCAUUGCCGAAAGAACAGACACGCUUCAACAGAGUUGAUGAGGAUUUUCGGUCAAUAAUGACUGACAUCAAGAAAGACAAUAGAGUCACAACGUUAACUACCCAGGCGGGAAUCAGAAAUUCUCUGCUGACGAUACUUGAUCAGCUUCAAAGAUGUCAGAAAUCAUUAAAUGAGUUUCUGGAGGAGAAACGCUCAGCGUUCCCCAGGUUUUAUUUCCUCGGUGAUGAUGACCUGCUGGAGGUGCUGGGCCAGUCGACUAGCCCCUCGGUGAUCCAGUCUCACCUCAAAAAGCUGUUUGCUGGUAUUAACAGUGUGUGCUUCGAUGAAGAAUCUAAACAUAUAACUGCAAUGAAAUCUUUAGAGGGAGAAGUUGUACCUUUUAAAAAUAAAGUUCUUCUAUCAAAUAAUGUAGAGACCUGGUUAAAUGAUUUAGCCUUGGAAAUGAAGCAGACUUUGAAGCAGUUGUUGAUAGAAUGUGUUACUGCUGGACGAAGUUGUCAAGGUUCAGUUGACCCAUCCUCGUUCCCUUCACAGAUACUAUGUUUGGCAGAGCAGAUUAAAUUCACUGAAGAUGUAGAAAAUGCUAUCAAAGACCAUAGUCUUCAUCAGAUUGAAACACAGCUGGUGACUAAGCUAGAGCACUAUACUGCCGUUGAUACAAGUUCGGAGGAUCCAGGGAACACUGCUGCGGUCUUGUGUAUCACCCCUUUGUGCCCUGAAAACUCAGACUGCGUGACAGUGUUUGCCUUUAGCAUCAAACGUUUCAAAGACUCGAGAAGAGCGGCCUGCUGUGUUUACCUGGAUGCCUACCAUUUCUGUUGCCCUUCCUUCAUCCUGACACUCUCACUUUCCUGCCGAUGGAGUAACUUCCUUUGGCGCUUCUUUUAG